UCCAGGCUUUUGUUGUGAAAUCCACGCGAACGGAAACGUUGAGCUAGCAUCGCGCGUGUGUGUGUGUGCGCGCGCGCGUGCGCGUGUUUAAAUGUGUGUGUGAAGAAGAUGUUACCUUUAUCCAUCAAGGACGACGAGUACAAACCCGCCAAGUUCACUUUGGUACUCAAGCUGUCAGGAUGGAUCAGGUCAAUUUUGGCCGACAAAACGUCGAGAAACUUGUUUUUCUUCUUGUGUUUGAACCUUUCUUUCGCCUUUGUGGAGCUCAGCUACGGCAUCUGGAGCAACAGCCUAGGUUUGAUCUCGGACUCGUUUCAUAUGUUCUUCGACUGCACGGCGCUGCUGGCGGGCCUGGCGGCCUCUGUCAUCUCCAGGUGGCGCUCUAAUGACAGCUUCUCUUAUGGGUACGUGAGAGCCGAGGUUCUUGGCGGCUUUGUUAACGGACUCUUCCUCAUCUUCACUGCCUUCUUCAUCUUCUCUGAAGGGGUCGAGAGGGCUCUGGAGCCUCCGGAUGUUCAUCACGAGCGUCUUCUUCCCGUCUCGGUCGCCGGCCUGCUCGUCAACCUGGUGGGAAUCUUUGUUUUCCAACACGGAGGACACGGACACUCGCACGGAGAGCAAGGUCACGGCCACAGCCAUUCGCUGUUUAAUGGCACCGCGAGGGAGGCGGCGGGUCACGGCCACCGCGGCGGCCAUCACGGGCACGAAGGCCACGCCCACCACGGCGGCCACCACGGACACAGCCACCACGGACACAGCCACCACGAUCUCGACGAUGAGCGCCACCUGGGUUCCGGUAAACAGAUCCUGCAGGGCGUGCUACUGCACAUCAUGGCUGACACUCUGGGCAGUGUGGGUGUGAUCAUUUCAGCCCUUCUGAUGCAGAACUACAACCUCAUGAUAGCUGACCCCAUCUGCUCCAUGCUCAUCGCAAUCCUCAUCGGAGUCAGCGUGGUCCCUUUGCUGCGAGAGUCCAUUGGGAUCUUGAUGCAGAGAACGCCGCCCUCCCUAGACCGCACCCUCCCCGAGUGCUACCAGAGGGUGCAGCAGCUGCAGGGCGUGUACAACGUGCAGCAGCCCCACUUCUGGACCUUGUGUACCGACGUGUACGUGGGGACCCUCAAAGUGGUCGUGGCCCCCGACGCCGACGCUCGCUGGAUCCUGAGUCAGACGCACAACAUCUUCACGCAGGUGGGGGUGCGGCAGCUGUACGUUCAAAUCGAUACGGCCGCCAUGUAACGGCUCCUGCCACUCUGGAUUCUGGGACCAAUCACAGUCUGCAGUGAUGACUGACUUCUGACCUCGGGGCCAAGGCAGGACCUUUUGGGGGAGGGGCUAACUGUGAUCAACCCAAAUUGCCCCUCCUCCUCGGAGCAGGGAAUUAUGGGAAAGUGCCUUCAUCACGGCACCGCACCCUGACAGGAUGCUGCCAGCUAAUUGGUCCGUGGACUGUGUGUGAGUGUGUGUGUGUGUGUGUGCGCGCGCGCGUGACCAGUCCCGCCUCAACAGUAAUAAAAGCUUGUUUGAGGUCAAUGUUGAAUACCAUAUUAAUUGUCAUUGAUGACAUCAUUCUAUUCCAGGAUGACUGGGAACAGGAAGUGUGUGGGUCACUUCAAUUCCCAUGAUGCAUUUCACCAACAACCUUGAAAGGUCAUUGGGCCUCUUGGGAAAGUCACCUUUCCUAACCUCCAAAGCGCCUUUCCUUAACCUUUGGAAGAGGUCAUGGGGUCAAGGUGAGAACUGUUUGUAAAGAAUCGGACUUCACUUUUGUGAACAGACUUCAUCGUGCGACGGCGAGUAUUUGUGACGCAAGUCUCGAGCGUGAAAUUCUGAAAAUCCGCGAAUAAUUGACACCCAUUAUAAUAGCAUUGAAGAAAAUACGUUUUUUAAACCCACACAAAUAAUAAGCAGGGAUAUACCACUAAUAAGUGUUUUGGUGGUUGGUUCCUCCAAAAAAUUAAAAAAAAAACAUUUACCACAAGUACACCGGGGUCCGCUGUACGUAUAUGUGUAUGUAUAUCAUUUAUUUAUACAAACAUGAUACAUGUAAACGCGAAGGAAGCCAAAAUGUGGCGUAUUGGCAUAUUUGGUCCAAAAAGUUUCUACGCGUGCGUUGUCACGUCCCGUUCGCCUUGCCCCCGUUUUCCCCCCCAUACACCAGAUUGACCUUGCGUGGCAUGUUUUGGGAAUGUGGGAGGAAACCCACGCAGGUACAGGGAAAACAGGCAAACGCCACGCAGGAAGGCCGACACCCGGAUUUGAACCCAUGACCUCUCGACUGUGCUGUCGGAUCGUUAAUGUGGCAUGCGUAUAAAAAUGUGCGGUAAAACGCCGUGAUCGAUAGAGGCGGGUCCAACUCAACAUUUGGGCAUAAAGAGCAACAACGUGUUGAUUUCCUUAAAUUUAUUGAGGACAUUUGCGCUGGUCCAGUUGAGCCACCUUGCGUGAGAUACGUGGCGGCCCCUCACGUGGCCGGCCCGGCCGUCGGACGCCAUUCGUCUCAGAGCCCGUGUGUGCGUGCGUGUCAAUGCCACCCAGGUGCUGGCGUGCGCACAUUAGGAGCCGUCAAGGAGGCGGAGGCUCGCAAGGGCGUCAUCUGGCGCGUGCAGCCGCAACAUGUCCGCCUCCAGGGGGUGGAGCCUGCCGGUGACGACCAGCGAGUGGAGAGGCGCGCCGAGGUCGCACGAGGUCAUUUGAGCCAACGUCGCCGUGACGAUCUUCUGGUCGGCGGCCCCCAGUCUGGCCGCGCCCACGCACAGCGUGUCCUCCGUCAGACCUGCGCACAGGACGCGUGUGUUUGGCUGCCGCCGCACCAUGAAAGUAUGUUUGCGUCAUCUAAGUUUGAAUUUCCCAAACCGACAUAUUUGACCUUUCCAGUGUAAACAAAAUCGAUUCAAAUUCAACCUCAGUGGGCACGAAAAUUUAGCAAAACAUUUUGUCGUCGUCGUCGUUCAAAGACUGAGAAUGGUAGCCACGCUUCCCCGCCAGAAUGCCGCCUGCGGCUACGCAAGUAGCUUACCAGCACCGGGUGUGACUGGCGUCAAUUGCGCAAUAUAAAGUCGUCAUCAUUUUUGGCACAACAAAGUUGGAAUUUUUAUUCAACUGAAUUUUCUUACCAUCAAAUUUCAAACACUGACAUUUUUUAACCAUAUAAAAAAAUAGUGUCAGAAAAUUCUAUCCAAAAUUAAACGCCUUAAAUUCAACCUAAUUUUUUUUUUUUAGGAUUAAAUGUUUCUGAGGUUCAAUCUCGUAUUUUUUUGCCAUCGGAGUUUGAAUUAAAAUUUACCAUCAAAACGUUUACCAAGAAAUUUUACCUCUACACUUUAAACAUGUUUUGUGACCUUCCCAACAAAAAUAAUUCAAACUCAGACGUCACAAAAAUACAACUAAACCUUAUACUGAAUUUGUUUUUUAACAUCAAAAUUGUUUUAUUUUGUACACGCAAUUUUUUUGAAGGUGAAAAAUAUCUGCAAUUUAAUUGUGUUGAGAAAAAAAAAUGAAAAAAAUCAAACUCAACGGCGAAUGUGUCCAAUCAUGUUGGCAAUCACUCACCAGGCUCCUCCCCCUGGUUCCGCCUCCUGCGGACGAUUUGGAGCAGCUGGUCGGCCGCCUGGGCCGCGCUCAUGAAGCGCGGAGGUUCGUAGACCUUCUUGCCCCUGAAACGAAAGCCACCUCGUCAGCUGGCCGUUCGGCACAGACGCGUGCGGCGCAUGAUGCCGGUCGCGUUUUACCUCAUCAAGUUCUCCAGCGACUGCUCUUUCACUUUGAUGUCUGCAGAAACGGGGAGGGAUGACGGACGGAGGGGAAGGACAGACACACGCUGGCAUUCAUUCUGUAACAGAUGAGACACGCGUGCGCCGUCCCAGUGGGAGGUCGACGAGUGGCGUGUGCGUAGUGAGCGGGACUUGACGCUUACCCAGCAAACAGAGCGUGUGCAGACCGGCAGCUCGGUUCUGCAGGAUUUUGUCGUAGAAGCUCUCUGGUCUCCACGAGUCCGUCCAGUACACCAGGGACACCGUCUCGCCAAAGUUGUACAGCUGAAACGCAUGCACGCAAUAUUAGCAAAUUACAAUUUUCAAGUGACAUUUUUGAAAAAUGGUGGAUCAAUUUUGUAGCAUCAGUCUGAAUGUUUGAACUUGUGAAAGUGCACAUUUUCAACUUUUUGUUUUCCUCGCGAGCCACCGACGGCCGUUCGAAAGGUAACGCGACCCACCUGCAGGCCGCAGCAGCCGACGGCGGUGAUGACGGACGCGUUGUGGACCACCUGGUACGGGAUCCCGGCGCGCACGGCCCUCAGCGCCAGGUCGCUGUGAGUGGUCGCACUGCCGACGAAAAGGCCGCUUGAGAGCACGGACGCGACGUGAGAAGGGAGCGGACGGCGGGCUCACCCGAAGGGGUCGCCCGCCACCAGGAAGGCUACGUCGGCGUCCUUGGCGUGCUCCAGGAUCCGCUCGGCUUCCUGCUCCACCAGUUCCCGGUCGGCCAGGACCACUUCCUUGCCGUAGAACUCCUCCUGCCGCCACAGAAACCCAACGGGCCGACGAGUCACAUGACCGCGGUGGCGGCACAUCCUGCUGUGCUCGCGACGUGCCACAUUUCUAAGAGGGCAGCAACCCCUCUCCCCCGCCACCAACAAAAUAAAAAAUAAAAGUGUUUUCUAUUGUCAUGGUACCAUGACGUACGACUCAAAGUUUGCUACUUGUGCCACUAGUGGUACUCGGGCUCCCUCUUGUGGUUUUCAAAAGAAUCGGUGCCGAAGUCCAGUUCUUUUUAGUACAAUACAAAUAAUAUUUAAAAACGACUUCGCAUUUGCCAAUAUUUGCCAUUGCUUGCCCUGUACGUUCUUUUCAUAAUUUUAGUGAACUGUCUUUUUUUUUCCCCUAUACUUUAUUUUAUUAAAGAAUUUUUAAUCAUGUACAGCACACUGUGUGUGAAUUGCGCUAUAGAAAUAAAGCUGCCUUG